GCGCUCCCUUGCCGGUCCUCGGACGCUCGGCCCCUUCAGGCCUGCCUGGUUUGGAGCAUAUAUGUGCGCUUAGCUGCUCCAAAAGGAGCCAGCGAAAACCUGCCCUCCGUGUCCGCUCUGCGACCCCGGCGUUUGGAAUGCUGAGGAAUUGCCAUAGGACCUGCAGCAGGAAAAACGUUUUUGUAACGGGAGUUGAAAUGACCUAGAGAGCCUGCAAGAAACGGACUGCAAAAUGAACUCCUAUCACUUGAGGCUGAAAUGAGGUAAACAAAAACUUCAAGAAUGAUCAUUUCACUGGCAAGUUUCAGGAAAAGGACACCUCAGGCUACUAAAUAAGGACUAUGCAAAAGAUGAUAUCUGCGUUCUUGCUCAUUGUCUAUUUAAUUCUAGUGACGUCUCCGUUCAGUGCUGGAGAGUGCGUUAUUUGUGAUUACUUUGUGCUUGUUGGAGAGCCUAUGGCUGUUAGAUGUCCAAUAGUUACAUUUCCAGAGCUUCACUCGGAUUACAAUCUGACAUGGUACAAAAAUGGGAGCAUUACACCAGUGACCACAGAGAAACAGGCCAGAAUCCAUCAGCGAGGUGGCUUGCUUUGGUUUAUUCCUGCAAGACUGGAAGAUUCCGGACUUUAUGAAUGUGACGUGAGGAGACUUAACCACUCUAGCAAAAAAUCUAUAAAUCUAACGGUUUUUAAGAAUGAUGAUGGUUUGUGUUUUAACGGAAAAAUGAAGUUUGAACAAAAAGUGAUGACCACACAUACUGGAAAGAUUAUAUGCCCUGAUCUAGAAGAUUUUAGGGAUGAAGACAAUAGUGAGCCCGAAGUACACUGGUAUAAGGAAUGUAAACCUGGCUUCCUAGAAGACAAGCGACUUGCCUUGGCAGUUGGUGAAAAUGCCGUCUUGAUUCACAGUGUAACUGUACAAGACAGAGGAAACUACACGUGCCGUAUGGUAUAUACACAUAUGGGAAAACAGUAUAACGUUUCACGGACUGUGAGUCUAGAAGUUAAAGAAAGCCCUCAACAAAUAAGACCAGAGUUUAUUUAUCCAAAGAACAACACAAUUGAAGUGGAUCUUGGCACCCAUGUAGUCAUGGAAUGUAACAUAUCAAGUGGCAUAAAUGGCCUGAUUCCAUUCUGGACAGUUAAUGAUGACGAUGUUGAUAGCUUUGAUAGCACUUACAAAGAACAGUUUUAUGAAGAAGGGAUGCCUCAUGGACUUACUGUAUCUGGAACAAAAUUUAACAUUUCAAAAGUGAAGAUAAAGGACUAUAUGUAUACAUUUUUUUGUCACGUUAUGUAUGGUACUCAACAAAUGACAGCAUAUAUAAAAUUGGAACGUCCAGCUCCAAGUAUUCAAGGUUACUUAAUUGGAGGAGGAGUUUCUUUGGUAUUCUUAGUAUUUUUUGCUGUCUUUGUCUACAAGAUCUUCAAAAUUGAUAUUGUGCUGUGGUAUCGCAGCUCCUGCCAUCCUCUCCUGGGUAAAGAAGUUUCAGAUGGGAAGAUCUAUGAUGCUUAUGUCCUSUAUCCAAAGAACAGAGUGAGCUGCUUGUAUUCCUCAGAUAUUUUUGCUCUGAAAAUAUUGCCAGAGGUCCUGGAAAGACAGUGUGGAUAUAACCUCUUCAUAUUUGGGAGGGAUGAUCUGCCAGGAGAAGCUGUGAUCAGCAUUGUGGAUGAAAAAAUACGCCAAAGUAGAAGAGUAAUAGUUGUUUUAGUACCSGAACCGUCCUUUUACAGUAUCCUGGAAGAUGCAUCUGAAAAGCAGCUAGCUGUGUAUAACGCUCUUACCCAUGACGGCAUCAAGGUAAUCCUGAUUGAACUYGAAAAAAUACAGGAUUAUGCAAGCAUGCCAGAAUCCAUCAAAUACAUUAAGCAGAAGCAUGGGGCUAUCCGAUGGAAAGGGGACUUCUCGGAAAACUCCUGCUCUGCAAGUACCAGGUUCUGGAAGAACGUGCGUUACCACAUGCCAUCUAGAACACACGCAUCCUCCUCAGGAUUGCACUUGCUACCAAAAGGCUUCAGUUCACCCCAGAUUACCUCAGAAGAAUGAUGCCUUGUGACUCUGCAGUUCACAUYGGUGAAGAUGGGUUCACUGAAGAUCGCUUGUAUCUGUUUUGUACAGAUAAUCUUAUCCAAAUUUUCUGGAUUAAAGGUACUGCAACAUCGUCUACGGAUAUGAAGUGUCCUUCCUUCUGGCUAGAUCGACAGAACACCUUGAAAUGUCAUCAGUAGCAUAGAGAUGGCAUGAAGAAGAACAGAUGAGAAGUGCAUAAGGACCAAGAMAUGUGCUGUGAUUUGUUGGGUUUUGUU